UCUUAACAACCCGUUAAGAAAGUUACGGAAUAAAAUGUAUUCGUAAUACGUACUCUGCGUUUGAGCCAGAUGAUUCAAAUCAAAAUUCGCGGGGUGUUUUUGGGAAAUUUUUGGCACAUGUUGGCAACAAAAAAAACGUUAUUCUUGUAGGACAACGUUGUUUUGUUGUGGCAACAAAAAUUCUUUGUUUUUCUAGUUUGUGCUUCAGUGAAUUGUUUGUUAAAAAUUCUACGUUAUGUUUUGUGUUUUUCGUUCGAUCGUUCCAAGUAAUGAAGUACUAGAUGGAAGGAACGUGGUGUGCUCUUCGUCAGAAGAAAGUCUGUUUUAAGAAGAGGGCUUCAAAAGAUGCCGUAAGGCAUCCUAUUUAAGUCAGUUUCGACGUGUUUCCUUACUUCUGUGUUCUGAAUUUUUGAUUUGGUAUGAAUGCACCAAUUUUUCUUCACAUGCCAGGUGCACAACAAUUUUUGGGGUAAGGGUCCCAUUAAGGUACGGUCUAUCUGCAGCGAUUAAUCGAAGCGAAUAAACGUUACGAGUAAAUGCAGCGAUAAUUUGUUCAGGUAUGGUCUCAAUUGCAACGAUUAGUGGAAACGAUUCAUUGCAGUGUGAGUCGGUAUUUAUUUAUAGUUGUGUUCUGCAAUGUAGUGUUUGUAAUUUGAAAAGCAUAAUGAACAAUAUAGUGUUGGCUGCAAUAGCGUUAAUAGAGGAGGAAGAGGAAGAAGAGGUUUUAUUGACAACCAUCUGUAAACCACGAUGCCAAACGAAUAAAAUUUUUCUUAAUAGGAUAAGCGAGGGAUGUUUCAAUACACUGAUUCAAAGACACUUAAUGGAUGAUGACACUAAAUUUAAAGAAUAUUUUAGACUCACCAAGAGCCAGUUCUUCAGUAUAUUGUCAUAUAUAUCCGAGGACAUAACAACAAUGCCCUCUACCUUUGUGAAAUAUCCUAUUUCACCUUGUCAGAAGCUUGCCAUAACCCUGAGAUUCCUUGCUACCGGAGAAUCAUUUCGGUCCAUGGCUUUUAAUUUUAGAAUUUUUCAUAACCAUAUAAGUAAACUCGUCAGAGAAGUUUUGAAAGAACUGCGUAACAAAUUGCUCCCGAUUUAUUUGCCAAAGCCUACGACAUCAGAGUUGAAGCAAAUAGCUGAGGAUUUUAACGCUAGAUGGAAUUUUCCAAACUGUUGUGGAGCAAUUGAUGGAAAACAUAUACGCAUAGUUUGCCCGAAGGGGAGUGGAAGCCUAUACUUCAACUAUAAGUCAUAUUUUUCUAUUGUCUUAUUGGCACUAAUUGAUGCUCGGUACAAAUUUACUUGGGUUGAUGUUGGUGCUUAUGGCAAAGAAGGAGAUAGUGGAAUAUUCCAGAGGUCUUCUAUUUACCAACUCAUACACAAUAACAACUUUUUACCAGAGCCUACUCUUUUACCUAGGACUGAUAUUAUUCUACCUCAUGUCAUUGUUGGGGAUGAAGCAUUUAAAUUGACUGAAAACGUUUUGCGACCUUAUCCUAGAGAUCAAGCUAAGGCAGACAGGGAAAAGAAAAUUUUUAAUUAUCGUUUAAGUCGAGCCCGAAGAACCUCGGAAAAUGCCUUCGGCAUUUUAUGUCAAACUUUUUGUAUAUUUUAUACACCUAUUGCAACGCAUCCAACACUCGUAGAUGACAUUGUUAUGGUUUCGUGUUGUUUGCACAACUUACUCAGGGGUUCACUUACUGCUAAUCACGAAGAAGGUGAUAUUGAUAUUGAAAUGCCCACCGAAAAUAUGAUACCUUUACGUCACACAGGUGGGAACAUUUCGGCAGCAGCAUUUCAAAACAAAUGCUUUUAAAGACUAUUUCAAUAGUAGUUUGGG